AUGGACAAAGACUUCUCUCUCAAUACUGGAAUUCCACCACCACAAAACUUCGAGCCCUCUAUGCCCACAUGGCAAUCCUUAUCUUCAGCUGUGGAACUAAUUUGUUCUUCGGAGCAAUCUUCAGACUGUUUUCUCAAUCCCUAUUGGGACGAGUCAACCGAUCAGUACACCCACUUCGAGUCAGCCCUGCGCUCAAUGGUCUCAUCCCCCGUUCCCUCCAAUUCAGCCAUGUCCCAUGAGAACUUUGCAAUUCGUGAAUUGAUUGGAAAAUUGGGCACCAUUUGUAACUCCCCCGUGAUCUCACCUCCUUUAAUGGAUGCUACAAACGUUGGGACACCUUACAUUGGUAGUGGAAGUCACAGUACUAGCAAUUCAUGUUAUGGAACACCAGUGAACUCUCCACCUAAGUUGCGUAUGCCAAUUAUGGACCAAUUUGGGAAACAAAACUUACCCAAUUUGGGUACUUCAGUGCCUUUGAAUCCUGCUUUGCCGGCAAUCUCGGCUGAUCCUGGGUUUGUUGAGAGGGCUGCAAAAUUUUCCUGUUUUGGAAGUCGUAGUUUCAAUGGUCCAACGAGUCAAUUUGGGUUAAACAAUGCUGAAUUACCAUGUAGGUCGGGCACUCCAUUGUUGGGAAGUGGAAAGUUUCCGAGAGUUUCGAGUAGUCCUUCUUUUAAAGCAGCUGGAUCUCCAAUGGAAAACAAGAACUUUGCCCAAACCCAGAUGGAAAUGAGGUCGUCGCAUGGCUCGGGUUUGGUUUCUGAUACGAAGUUGAGUAAAUUAGCAGUUUCUGCUGCAAAUUCUAAUGAGGAAUCUUCUGUUUGUGAACAAAUACCAAGUAGAGAAAUCAGGUCAAAAACUCCAAAUGAAUUGAGUUCAAGGAAAAGAAAAGCAGUUUCUAAGGGAAUAUCAAAGGAAGACGCACCAAUUCAGUCUGCCAAUUAUAUAAAGGGCACCGAAGCUGAUGAUGAUACAAAUGCAAAGCGACCCAAGUCAUCAGAAAGAAAUGGAAAUGAAAAUGGUGGUGUCAAAACAGAGGAGGAAACAAAGGGAAGUACUAGUGAUGCAGGGGAUGAAAGUAAGAAACACGUUAAGGCUAAUCCAAAGCCUCCUGAACCUCCAAAGGACUACAUUCAUGUCAGGGCAAGGAGGGGUCAAGCUACUGACAGCCAUAGUUUAGCCGAAAGAGUCCGACGAGAGAAGAUCAGCGAACGGAUGAAACUUCUCCAAGAUCUUGUACCAGGUUGCAAUAAGGUGACUGGAAAAGCACUUAUGCUCGAUGAAAUUAUAAAUUAUGUGCAGUCAUUGCAACGCCAAGUUGAGUUCCUCUCGAUGAAAUUAGCUUCAGUGAAUCCAAGAUUGGAUGUUGAUAUGAAUAUUCUCCUUUCAAAGGAUAUAUUCCAACCAAAUGGUUCUUUGCCACAUCCAUUGUGCUCAUUAGAUACCUCGGUGACGGAUUCCUGUGGGCACCAGCCACUGCAAAGCCCACAACAAACAAAAAUCUCCACUGGAACAAUGAGCCAAUGCUCAGGGGACCCAUUAUAUACAGCACUGUGCCACAACCUUGGCAUGAAAUUACAUCCCGUUGAAAAAUUCAAUCAAGAUCUUCCUCGGUUUCCAACAUUCUGUGAAGAUGACCUACAAAGCAUUGUUCAAAUGGGAUUUGGCCACAAUCCGAAGCAGGAUACUGUAUUUCAUUCACAAAGCUUCUCUGGUAAGGGAUCCUCCAUGAAAAAGGAGCUGUGAUCGCAUAUCCACCGGUUCUCAUUUCAAUUCCCAGUGGGAGAAUUAGGCUGCCGUACAUACAAAGAGAUCUUUAGUUGGAUUGCUAAUUUCAUCUUUAGGGUCUAAUCCAUAUAAUUUUUAUCCUAUUAGCUUUAUGUCAUUUUGUUUUUGUAAUUGAUUUUUGGUCUUCUGGCUAGUUUGGGGGAAGUAUUCAAUGUAUAACAUAGAACAAUAUUUUUUGGGUGCAUAGUAAACAGCACCAAACGUAACAACCACAUGGAAGAUAUAUUUUCCAAGCAGAGGAAUGAAAAAGUGGAGAUCUUCCACCAGCUUUCAUUUUCCAACUACCAGACAUUGUAACUUAUAAUUCAGCCAUAUGAUUUGGACUUUGAGAAGAUAUAUAUAGCAAUUAUCAUAGCUUUUCUUGUCAAUUGUACAGUGUUCAAUCGUGU